AUGGAAUCUGAAAGUGAAAUUAGUUCGACCCCACUAAAUGAAACUCAAUGCAUGAGUGAAAUAUACCAACAUAAAGACAGCAAUGUCGAAGGAAAACCAGAUGGGCUACGACCUGAUACAUCUGAGGACAAGUUCACAGGGAUGCUUACUUCUUCGUCUGAUGAGAGAGUGAAAGAAAAUAAACAUUUAACUCAUAAUCGUAACGAAUCAAGCCUUUCUGAUGAUAUGACUUCAAAAGUAGAACAAUUUGCCGAAGCCUUGGCUAGACAUACGUCAAGAAGCGGUGAGUUCAAGUUAUUUUCUGACAACGGAAGUAGCAGUCAAGAUUCAGAGAGAGAAUUCGAUGCUAAUGCUAUUUUUGACUCGUUUGUCAAGGAUUCAGAAGAACAGGGUAUUCAUAUUCGUAGAGCAACAGUCACCAUAGAAAAUCUUUCCGUUCAGGGCUUUGAUAAGUCUUCCAUGGAAGGUAAGACUUUUGGUAACUUUCUGCUACUACCACUAACCAUAUACAGAGCAAUCAAAAAUAAGAGGAGGAAUAGAAUGACAAAUAUAUUACAAAAUAUCAACGGAUUGGCUAAUGCCGGUGAAAUGGUUUUAGUUCUUGGCAGACCGGGUGCUGGAUGUUCUUCGUUUUUGAAAGCAACUGCAGGUGAGAUUAGUCAGUUUGCGGGAGGAGUUACUGGUGAUGUUUCUUACGACGGCAUUCCACAGAAAGAAAUGAUGAAGAAGUACAAGUCAGAUGUCAUUUAUAAUGGUGAAGUCGAUGUCCAUUUCCCGUACUUGACGGUGCAACAAACGUUGGACUUCGCCAUCGCAUGCAAGACCCCAUCGACAAGAGUUAACAACGUUUCAAGAAAAGAAUAUAUCGAAUCAAGAAGAGACCUCUUCGCAACGAUAUUUGGGUUGACUCACACAUAUCACACUAAAGUAGGUAAUGAUUUUGUAAGAGGAGUUUCUGGAGGGGAACGUAAGCGUGUAUCCAUAGCAGAAGCCUUGGCGGCAAAUGGUUCUGUCUAUCUCUGGGACAACGCAACGAGAGGAUUAGAUGCCUCUACCGCGCUUGAGUAUGCUAAAGCAAUUCGUAUAAUGACAAAUCUACUAGGUUCCACUGCAUUUGUCACAAUUUAUCAGGCCUCUGAAAAUAUCUACGAAACUUUUGACAAAGUCACAGUGUUACAUUCCGGUAGACAGAUUUAUUUUGGGAAAAUUGAAGAUGCAAAAAAAUAUUUUACUGAUAUGGGCUACAUCUGUCCUCCAAGACAAGUAACUGCCGAGUUUUUAACAGCUUUAACAGAUCCACAUGGAUUUCACAAGGUGAAACCCGGUUAUGAAGAUAAAGUUCCUCGUACUGCUGAAGAAUUUGAAAACUAUUGGAGAAAUUCACCAGAGCUUCUACAAUUGAAAAGAGAAAUUGAAGAUUUUAAAUCAAGGGUUGAUACAACAAAGACAAAAAAAAUUUAUAAUGAAUCAUUAUCACAGGAGAAGUCUAAAUAUACACGAAAGCAAUCCUACUAUACCGUUUCAUAUUUUGAACAAGUUAGGCUUUGUACGAUACGUGGUUUACAAAGAAUUUACGGUAAUAAAAGUUACACGGUCAUCAACAUAUGUUCGGCUAUAAUCCAAGCAUUCAUCAGUGGAUCUUUAUUUUAUAACAGUCCGUCAACUACAAAUGGCGCUUUUUCUAGAGGUGGUGUUCUUUACUUUUGUCUACUUUACUAUUCUCUUAUGGGUCUUGCGAACAUUCGGUUCGAUUAUAGACCUAUCCUACAAAAACAAAAGCUCUAUUCGUUCUAUCACCCUUCAGCAGAGGCACUGGGAAGCACUUUCUCUGCAUUCCCCUUCAGGAUGAUUGGGCUCACAUGUUUUUUGAUUAUCUUAUAUUUCUUAUCUGGUUUACGUAGGAGUGCAGGCGCGUUCUUUAUCGUAUACUUAUUUCUAACUUUAUGCUCAGAAGCCAUUACGGGCUUGUUUGAAAUGGUUGCAGCUGCGUGUGAUACAAUGGCACAGGCAAAUUCCAUUGCAGGCAUUUUAAUGAUGUCAAUCUCCAUGUAUUCGACCUAUAUGAUUCAGCUACCAUCAAUGCACCCAUGGUUUAAAUGGAUUUCAUACGUACUGCCCAUUAGAUAUGCUUUUGAAUCAAUGCUGAACGCUGAGUUCCAUGGUAGACAUAUGGAUUGUGGUGGCACUUUGGUCCCUUCUGGUCAAAAUUAUGAAAAUGUUGCUGCUGAAAACAGAGUGUGCGCUUUCGUUGGAUCAGAGCCUGGACAAUCAUGGGUUCUUGGUGACAACUACUUGAGAAAACAAUUUGAAUACGUUUACAAACAUGUUUGGAGGAAUUUCGGUAUAAUGUGGUGUUUUGUGCUCGGAUAUAUUACUUUGAAGGCUAUUAUUACCGAAUAUAAGACACCAGUCAAAGAUACGGGGGACGCACUGAUAUACAAGAAAGGUUCUAAAAGCUAUAAAAUGAAAAAUGAUGAAGAAUCCAACCAUAGCUCUGAGAAUCUGGAGCCACAAGAAAAAUAUUCUAGUGGUAGUACAGCAGAAGAGAGUACGGAUGCCAUUUUUGAAGAAUUGGAGUCUAAAGGUGUUUUUAUUUGGAAGGAUGUUUGUUACACUAUUCCGUACGAUGGUGGUCAACGUAUGUUGCUGGAUCACGUUUCUGGUUUUUGCAAGCCUGGUACUCUGACUGCUUUGAUGGGUGAAUCUGGUGCUGGUAAAACUACUUUAUUGAACACGCUAGCUCAAAGAAAUGUCGGUAUUAUUACUGGUGAUAUGUUAGUAAAUGGUCAUCCGAUUGAUACAAGUUUCGAAAGACGUACAGGUUACGUUCAGCAGCAAGAUAUCCAUAUUUCCGAACUUACUGUUAGAGAAUCAUUACAAUUCUCUGCGCGUAUGCGUCGUCCUCAAAGCGUUACUGAUAAAGAAAAGAUGACCUACGUUGAAAAGAUUAUUCAUGUUUUAGAUAUGGAAGAUUAUGCUGAAGCCUUAGUAGGAACUGUUGGAAGUGGUUUGAAUGUUGAACAGAGAAAAAAAUUAUCUAUUGGGGUCGAACUGGUGGCGAAACCAGAUCUUCUUUUAUUUUUAGAUGAACCCACUUCUGGAUUGGACUCCCAAUCCUCCUGGGCUAUCGUUCAAUUAUUGAAAAAAUUAGCACAUUCAGGACAGUCAAUCUUAUGUACAAUCCACCAGCCAUCUGCUACAUUAUUUGAACAAUUUGAUAGAUUGCUGCUGCUCAAGAAAGGUGGCCAAACAGUCUAUUUUGGUAACAUAGGAGAAAAUUCUUCUCUUUUGUUGGAUUAUUUUGAAAGGAACGGUGCAAGACAAUGUUCAUCAAGUGAGAACCCAGCAGAAUAUAUUUUAGAAGCUAUUGGUGCCGGUGCUACUGCAACUGUAAAGGAAGACUGGAAUGAAAUAUGGAGAAACUCUCCAGAAUCGCGCAACAGUCAGAAUGAGAUUACUGAAUUGAUCGAAAAUUUAUCCAAGGAGGUAGACCCAAGCAAAAACGGAGCAAAACCCUCAAAAUAUGCCACAUCGUAUCUCUAUCAGUUUAGGUAUGUAUGGGCUAGGACAAACGUCACUUUUUGGAGAAGUUUAAACUAUAUCAUGUCGAAGUUUAUGUUGAUGGCAGUAGGUGGUUUAUACAUUGGAUUCACUUUUUUUGAUGUUGGUAAUAGCUAUGUAGGGUUACAAAACGCCUUAUUUGCUGCGUUUAUAUCAAUUGUUCUAUCCGCACCUGCAAUGAAUCAAAUUCAGGCUAGGGCUAUUGCAUCAAGAGAAUUAUUCGAAGUGAGAGAAUCAAAAUCGAAUAUGUUCCAUUGGUCUUUAUUAUUAAUAACACAAUAUUUGAGCGAACUACCAUAUCACCUUGUAUUCUCGAUAAUAUUUUUUGUUUCAUCCUAUUUCCCAUUAAGGAAUCACUUCGGAACACCUUUCUCUGGUGUAUAUUUCUUAAAUUAUUGCAUUAUGUUUCAGCUCUAUUACGUAGGAUUUGGGUUAUUAAUUCUAUACAUGGCACCAAAUCUUCCUUCGGCCAAUGUUAUACUGGGCCUUGCUCUAUCCUUUUUAAUUGCGUUUUGUGGGGUUGUUCAACCUAAGAGCUUAAUGCCCGGAUUUUGGACAUUCAUGUGGAAAACAUCUCCCUUUACAUACUUCGUUCAAAAUCUUGUUGGUAUUAUGUUACACACGAAGGCAGUAGUGUGUACUUCAAACGAGUUAAACUAUUUUAAUCCUCCUAGCGGUCAAACAUGUGGAGAGUACAUGCAAAAUUACUUACAGACACAUUCAGGUUAUAUUGCGAAUCCAAGUGCUACAAGCAAUUGUGGAUACUGUCUUUAUUCUGUUGGGGACCAAUACCUGACUCACAUAAGCUCAAAAUAUUCAUAUCUCUGGAGAAAUUUUGGAUUUUUCUGGGUUUAUAUUAUUUUCAAUAUAUUUGCGAUGGUUGGGGUUUAUUAUAUUUUCCACGUAAGAGAUGCUUCAAUCUUUAACUUGAAGUUUGUGGAAAAAUUAAUAUCUCACAUUCGCAAAUCAAAAAAAAAGAACGUCGUAGAUUGA